AUGAAUAAAAUUCUGCUAUAUUCAGCUAAAAAAAUCAUCGCAAAACCUCCUCUUCUAUACUCAACAUUAAAUCCAGACACUAACUCAGAUUCCCCCUCAGCAAAAUCAAAAGGAGUCCGAUUAGUUUCAGCUAAACUUGAAACUAAUCAUAUUAAAGAUAAAGGAACGAGGGGGAGAGAGCGGGAAAAGGCGAGAGGGGAGGCGGAGGGGGAGAAAAAGCGAAAGGAAGGGAGCAGGGAAAAAGGAAAGGCCCAAAAAGGGAAGCCCAGGGAGGGAAGGAAAAAGGACGAGAGAAGCGGCAGGGAAGGAAGAAAGGGGAGGAAGGGAAGGGAGGCAAGAGAAGGAGGAAAAGAGAAAGGAAGGAGCAAGCUGAGGAACGGGGCCCGGGGAGAAAGAAGGGAAAGGAAGGAACAGGGCGGAAACGCGGGAACAAACAAGGCCGAACAAAAGGAGGGAAAGCAAAGGGGGAGGGAGCGAACAAGCAAGGCCGAACAAAGGAGGGGAAGCAGAGAGGACAAGGGAAGGAAAGGAAAUUUAAAAAUAGUUAAAAUAAUUUAUUUUUUAUUAACAAAUUAUUACUAA